AUGGGUGGUGGCGGGGGGAAUGGGAUCAUGGCGGAGUGGGAGGGGGUUGUUCUUGUUGUGCUCUUGAUUGUUAGUGGAGUUGUUGUUUUACUCCUCGCAUCUCGCAUCUCGCAUCUUGUUCGCUUUGAGGCGUUCGAGACUACAUAUGAGGUGUACGUAAGUGCUACCUAAGUAUUCAUGCCCGACAGUAACAAAAUCCGCUGUCCGGGCAUGUCUUGGUGGGUUGGCGGGGUACGUGUGAGGUGUGGAGGGGCUCGGUGGUUCCCUCUCCUCUCCUCUCUCCUCUCCAUUCUCCCGUCCCAGUAGUCGAGUAAUUCGUUAGUUCAUUCACUAUAAGUUCCCUUCUCUUUCCCCCCUCCUCUUCAAAUUCCAUGGUUUUCCUAUUCCGCCAGGUGCUGACAACCAUGCUGAUUUCUCUCGCAAUCUGACUGUGACUUGCUGACGAGGGGGAGAAGUUGCUCCGCCCUCCCAUCACGUCCCGUCCACGCAAUCGCAGAUCAAGUUGCUGUUCGUUACUGUUAACCCCGUCGGUCCAUCGCUCGUCCGCCCAGCCCUCGCUCAUUCCUCGGGAGUCUUGAGCCAAGCCUUGCCAGCGGGGGUUUCUUCCCCUCAGCGCAGCAAUCGCUAAAGAAUCGAGGCCAACCGCGGGACGGGUAGUGCCAUUGACGGCCGAGAGGAAGUCUCCAUCUUUUCUCCCACACCUCAACAGCGCUACCGUUCCGCACUUGAUGCG